AUGCUCAGCAUCACAAUGCAGUUCAGCAUCGUGUUCCUUACACUCUUCGCCUUCGGGACAGCUAUCCCCACAACUCCACAGCUUCGCGCUGCCGACCAAGAACUCCUAAAAAAGCAACAGGAUGUGAUAUAUCUUCUCGAAAACAUCGCCGGCGAGCUGCCGUACGAAGCUUACCGUGAUCUUGGAUACAAAUACGAAUUUGAACCUUACCUUCAGAAUUACGAGAACCCAACCGUAGUCAAAUAUUAUGUUGGUCUCGUCAAGACUGGCCAUGUACAACCUAAAGGUAUUCCAUACUCAUACAGCGUUAGCCAGCUCCGCAAAGAAGUUAGCCUUCUUACCCAGAUCUUUAUGGGUGCCAAGGACUAUGAAACCUUCUUGAAUACUGCUGCCUGGGCCCGCAUCUAUAUCAAUCAAGAACAAUUCGUUACCGCUUAUUCGAGCGCUGUUCUUCGACGUCACGACAUGCAGGGUGUUGUUCUGCCACCAGUCUACGAAAUCUUUCCUAACUACUUUUUUGACACAAGAAUAAUCCAAAAGGUCCAAGACUUUGUCAUGAAGUAUGGCUAUGAUUACUACCAAGGUGAGAAACAUCGAGACUACUACGACAUCUACGUCAACUACACUUCCUACUACCCGUUCGGCGAGAACCAGAUUGCAUACUUUACUGAAGAUAUCGGCCUUGCCUGUUACUACUCCUAUGUUCAAUUGGCUGGAUACAUGCUUCCAUACGGUCAGUACGAACAGAAAUACGGCAAAGGAGAAGAGAGUAAAUAUUUCAAGAAUGGUCACGGUGCUCACUACUAUUACAUCCACGAGCAAUUACUUGCCCGUUACAACCUGGAGCGUCUCAGUCAAGGACUCGAACCCAUCAGGGAACUUGACUAUUACUACGAACAUAUUGAGACACCAUAUAAGCCUCAUCUUCGCUAUCUCAACGGCGUGAACAUGCCAGGACGUGACGAGCACCACUACGUCACUGCUCACCAUCACAACUAUGAGCUCAUCAAGGUUCUUCGCCUAAUGGAACGCAGAAUCCUUGAUGCUAUAGAUCAAGGAUACUUCAUCACUCCCCAGGGCACCUUCAUGUCACUCUACCAACCUGAAGGUCUUAGUAUCCUCGGUGAAUUGAUUGAAGGUACUGGUCAUAGCAUCAAUCCUAGAUAUUACGGUGCUUACGCUCAGGUCGCCAGACAAUUCUUUGGCUAUGCUCCUGAAUUCAAUAAUAUUUGGGAAUAUCAGCCAUCUGCUCUUGAACUUGGAUACACUGCUGUCCGUGAUCCUAUGUUCUACCAGCUCUACAGCAAGAUUCUCGAAUUCUUCCAUUAUUAUCAAGAGUCUCUGCCUGCCUAUCAGUACAACGAUGUAGUUCUCCCAGGAGUCAACAUCGAAAAAGUCGAAGUUAGUGAUCUCGUCACCUACUUUGGUGAUUACCAGGUCUAUCUUGACAAUGCUGUACCUCAACCUGUUGGCAAGAAACAAGAACAACAGCCAUUCCCUCAUAUCAGGGCUCAUCUCAAAAGGCUCGACCACAAACAAUUCGAAUACACCAUAUACACCCACGCUGAGAAACCAGUUCGUGAUGCUGUUGUCCGCGUCUACGUAGGACCCAAAUACAAUUAUAACGGCCAACCCAUCGAUAUUAAUGUUCACCGUCAUUACUUCUAUGAAAUCGACCAAUUCGUCUACGACCUUGCCGAAGGAAAGAAUGUAAUUGUCAGAAACUCUCACCAGGCUACUGGUCAGAGCUACGAUUACCCGUCAGUCUACGAACUAAAAGAUCGCCUUGGUAAUGCUUUUCUCUCUCAACACCCAUACUACAUCAGCGAACCUGAACAACUAUAUGGAUUCCCAGCUAGGUUAUCCCUUCCUAAGGGAACCAAAGAAGGAUAUCCACUCCAAUUCUUCGUUAUCAUUUCUGGAUCUUACAACCAGCCAGAAUACUAUGGCUCAGUUGUUUCUGAGAACUUCCAGACUUACCAGCCGCAACACUAUCACGUUGUCGAUUACGAACAGUACGAACAGUAUGCCAGGAACCCAGUUGACAAAGUCAACGGUGCGUAUCAAGCCAUCGAGGUUGUUCCAGACUAUGACGCACACAUUAUCACUGAAGGAAACUGGCACUGGGGAUACCUGUACAAGAAAUAUCCAGGCAGUUACUACUAUCCACACUGGCAGCAAACCCACUAUCAGGUAAAAUCUGGUGGUUACGGACAACAUUACCCCAAUUCUCAAUACGGUGCUAGAUAUGGUGUUGCAUAUGGCGAAAAAUACGCCCAGAAAUACCCAGAAAGCUACCAUCAUUACGGAAAGGAAGAAUUCAAAUAUCCACAUGCUUACCACAAGGUCGUUGACCACCCAGAGAUCGGUAAAUCCUACCAAACCAUCUACAAACAGGGCUCUUACGAGUCUGUGGAAUACCCAGGAAGCGGUCAUUAUCCAGGUGCCAAGGGCCUCUACAGCAGCUAUCCAACCGGCAGCUUCAAGAGCUAUAAGGGACAAGAAGAAUACGUCCACAAUUACUACAGCGAGAAAUACAUUAGUGACGUGAUCGGUGGUGUUGUCUCCCUAGAUGGAAGACCCUUUGGAUACCCACUCGAUAGGCAACUAGCCCACAGUGCCUUCUACGCCAAGAACAUCUAUGUUAAGAACGUCGUCAUCUACCACGACGAGGAAUACUUCUACGAAUACUGA